AUGUCUAGCACUGUUGAAAAAGCCUUGCCUGAUAGUCAAGUAGCAGCGGCCAUGUUCUCAAGCCCAUUGAUCGCCAUCGACGUAGGAACGAAAGGAGACGUCCUAUACGCCCAUGCCGCCAAAUUGAUGCGCUCCGACGUCAUGGAUAAAAUGAUCACGGGCGAUUUCAAAGAGGCCCACGAAUGCCGAAUCGAACUCAAAGAAUGGGACAUCGAUACCGUCGCCCGUCUCCUGGAGUGGUUCUAUUCCGAGGAUUACAAAGUUGCGUAUCCUCGCGAAGCUUCGCCAGUCGCAUCUGGAGGCAUCCCAACGGGAAACGUCAUUAUAUCUCCGCCAGAUGCAGACCCCAGUCCACCGGUUUCAAACUCUCCCAGCGAAAGCAAAAGCCAGAUCGUCGCCGACUCUCCAGCGCCCGAGUUCACGCGAUUCCCCGAAUUCGCAAAAUGGGCCCAAGAUCACACCGAUAUCGCCUCCGACAUCUCACACAGCGAAGCCCUGCUCGCCCACGGCAAAGUCUGCGCCCUGGCAGAAUAUCUCAACCUGCCAGGCCUGAUGCGCCUCGCAUCCCACCAUAUCAAGAACUAUAUUGACCUGAUUGAGACCCUGAAACUCAACAUGCACCUCGUGGACGAGCUUGUCACGCUGAUGAGAUACUUGUACGCCAACACCUCGGGUUAUGGCCUGGGCAAGAAAUCGAUUCGCGACCGUCUCGCGUUUACUGUGGCAAAUCAUUCGGAUCUGUUCACGGGGCCGAUCUCCAAGGAGGCUAUUGGUGAAGGGGGCGAGCUUAUGCAGGAUGUCAUGCACUACAUCCAGAAGUAUCAUGCGGAGAAUGAGAGACCUGUCACGGUGACUAAGCGAGGUGCCCCUACGACGACUCCUACUGGUCGUGGAAAGAAAGCGAAAACCGGUAAUUAG